CGCCCCUCGGUUUGUUACUAUAGAAACGAAGGUUCGCUCGCGCUAGCUAAUGUUCAAUAUUUGUUGUCUGUAGUGGGUCGAGUAGCGUUAAUUAAUUUGUCUAAAUGGAGGAUCGUUUCGCCUUUCUCACUGAGUGGUUUGAUCCUACUGCAGGUCUGCUGCGGCGCUACCAGCUCUUCUACUACCCCAAAGAUAGCUCCGUGGCAAUGUAUGACGUGAAAAACCAACGGCUAUUUUUGAGAAGGACCAAAUGCGAUGACAUCCACCAGGAGGACCUGUUUGUGGGGAAUCGGGUGAACGUGUUCUCACGGCAGCUAAAUCUGAUAGAUUAUGGAGACCAGUACACAGCAAACAAACUGGGCAGCAAAAAAGAAAGAACUCUUGCUUUGAUAAAGCCGGAUGUGGUUACCAAGAUUGGAGAUGUCAUUGACUCGAUUUACUCGUCCAACCUUAUUGUGACCAAAGCAAAAAUGACUAAGCUGACAUGGAGCCAAGCGGCAGACUUUUAUGUGGAACAUCAGUCAAAGCCUUUCUUUAAUAACCUGGUGCAGUUUGUGUCCUCGGGCCCUGUGGUUGCCAUGGAGCUGAUGGGCGACGAGGCCAUGUCUAUCUGGAGGAGGCUUCUGGGGCCUGCAGACUCGGCUGCGGCACGGAAGGAGGCACCGCAGAGCGUCCGUGCUCAGUUCGGAACAGAUGUCAUCAGAAACGUGGGCCACGGCUCCGACUCCCUCUCUGCAGCAGCCAGAGAGCUUGAAUUCUUUUUCCCUUCAACAAUCGGCCACGGUACCUCCAACACGGCCACGUUCACAGACUGCACGUGUUGCAUCAUCAAACCUCAUGCCAUAUCAGAAGGUCUGACUGGGAAGAUUCUCAACUCCAUAUCUGCAGCUGGAUUUGAGAUCUCUGCUCUUGAAAUGUUCAAUGUGGACCGGGCUAACGCGGAGGAGUUCUAUGAAGUGUACCGAGGCGUUGUCUCAGAGUAUCCUAGUAUGGUGACCCAGCUGUGCUCCGGACCCUGCAUGGUUCUAGAGAUCCACGGCACAGAUGCACCCAAAACCUUUAGGGAGUUCUGUGGGCCUGCUGAUCCCGAAAUCGCAAGACAUCUUCGUCCAAACACUCUGCGAGCCCUUUACGGCAAAGACAAAGUGAGAAACGCAGUCCACUGCACAGACCUGCCUGAAGACGGAGUUCUGGAGGUGCAGUACUUCUUCAAGAUCUUGGAUGGAUGAACUCAAAGGAAAAAUCCUAGACUACAUACUGAAAGACUUCACAUUGUCUCAAUUUUCUCUUU